AUGAAUACUAACUGUCUCCUAAACAGGGCUGUGGAUGUUGCCUACGGUUACACUGGGUGUACCAGCCUUCCUCUUGGGUUAUUCGACCGCGCAUGCGCACCGUAUGGUGGGCUGAAAAAGAAAAAGGAUGGCAGCUUUACCACUCCAAUCUGCGGGAACAAUGCCGGUGGCGAAGGGUUCUGCAAUGGCGAUAUGAGCGCUCAGAAUGCAGACACCUACUCCCAUGUUGCGGCCGGGGUGUUCUUCUCAAAGGAGUGCAACCGAGAAAUCCCACAUCCUACCAAUAAUGCAGGGAGCAGCGGUGGUCAACCAGGUAACACGGCGGGUGUUCCUGGUAAAGGCGGUACAAUCGGUGUUCCUCCAAAGCCCGCGACUAGAAGACAUCCCCGCCAAAGACCACGUCUGAACGCCGACACAUAUCAGCAUAACACACCUGCAGACUCUGGGCUGAAUCAACCUCGUCAUCCACUCCGGUCCAGGGAUGAAUCAUGCCCCUUUGUCACCGACGCCAUCGUCUGGGACGGCAGUCCAGAGGAAAUCGACGCUACCGGCGUCAUUGGCUUCGCUCACUUUGGCGACUCCUACGCCUCAGGCAUGGGCACCGGAACAACCUCGACCGACAAGUGCCGGGUCGGAUCCAACAACUACGGUGAUCUCCUCAACAAGUUCUUUGACAACAAGGAAAUAGUGUACGACCGCCGCUCCUGCUCCGGAGACACAACCGAAGGCCUGUACAAGAAGAUCGAAGAGUGGGAUCAAAAGAAAGCCGACGAAACCAACGUCAUCACGCUCACCAUCGGUGGCAACGACUUGGGUUUCUCUGACCUCGUCUGGUACUGCGUCAUCACGCCCAACACAGCUCACUGGGGGAGUACAAACCGCAAAAACUGCGAGGAAGCGGAAAAGAAGGCCCGCGCACACAUGGAUGACAGUUCACCCAACGGCCUGCGCGCCCGGCUGAAGGAUGCCUACCUGCGCGCUCUCGGGCGGACCAAGCGCAAGGACACACAGCUCUACGUGGCAGGCUACCCGACCUUUUUCAACGAGGAGACAGACGACUGCGACGGCGCGAGCUUCCACUACUGGUUUGGUGAAAACAGACCUCCCUCCGACUGGCCCGCCAAUCGAAUCGUCUACCUGACCAAGAGUUUGAGAAAGGAGCUCGACGAUCUCGUCAGGCAGCUUAACGAGGUCAUCCAGUUCGCCGUGAACGACGCCAACACGGAAGGUGGCCAAGUCCAUUAUGUCGACGUCGACCAACGCUGGAUAGAGGGGGGACAUCGCUGGUGCGAGCCGGGCGUCAAGGAUCCUGAUUCUAACCGCGCCGAUACUUGGUUCUUUUUGAGUGGCUGGAAGGAUAUCGAGCCCAACAACGCCGCCGGGGUUGAUGGUGGAGAGGUGGAAAAGGAUGAAACGCAGAUGCUCAUUGAAAGUGGCGAGAUCAAGCUGCCCAGUGAGGAGACGUGCAACUCUACCGCUAGUGAGGGUCGCGAUCCGUACGAGUCAUACCUGUGCUACGUGGCGGAGUUGGUAAGGGAGGAGCCGGAGGGAGAGGAGGCCAAAAGAGUGAACGGCGCAAACGAUUUCAUUUCUGGCAAGGAUGGAGCCAACAUCCAGGAUGUGUCUUGGUACGCGCCUACCAGGCAGAUCAAGACUUUCCACCCCAGGACCGUGGGCAUGUUUGCGUACCGCGAUGCUAUUCUGGAGAAAUUGGAAAUCAAUGGACAGCUGUAG